AUGGCGCUCGAUAAGUAUCAACUGGAGUGCCAAGUGCCAAAGAUGAUUGUCAAAGACUGUUUUGAUUGGCAGGGGGGCUACGAGUUGGAGGCCAUUCGGUAUUUGACGGGGCAAGAAGGAUCUAGUCCUGUGAUCUUUGCUGAUGUGCACGCCGAGGACCAGGGAAGAUCCUUUAGCGACGCCCACAAUCCAGACUGCAGGGUCGACUUCAUCCUGGCCUCUGCAGGGCAAUGGUCUGUGGUGCAAGCAUCCAUUGAUAGAGUAGGCAUGGGUGCCUGGGGAGCGGCCAGCGAUCAUGCGCCUCUGAUUGCUCAGCUAGUGCCAACUUUCUAA